AUGGGCUGGAAAAUUGCUGUCAGUGUUGUGGUGGCCGUGGUCGCUGUUAUCUUUGCUUAUAUGAAGUACUCUUCUGGAACGGAAAAAGCGCAGCUGAAGUCUCCCUCGGCCUUCGGAAUUGGUACCGCACCCGCCACUGCCCUCACCCUCCUGGUCCAACAUGACCCCGAAAACCAGUAUCUGUCCGCCACCGUGGAGCCCCCAGUGGCCGCCGCGAUGACAGAUCACUGCACUCCCUCUCAACAGCCUGAGGCAACCGACGCACAGGCUACCAACCGCUUGGUCGACAAUACGACACUAACCCCGUCUAGUCGGAUUUCAUCCCCGACAGACGGCUCCGAGCCGAGUAACAAUACAAACUCGACUUCCCUGCCAGCCGCCGCUGCGACGCCACAGGGACCAGCGGACUUGCCACCGCGGGAAACACUCAUACCCGGUGGCCAGAGCACAUAUCCAGUCCGUCUGUUGCACUUCUUCCCCGGAGAACACGUUCUCAACAACACAGUGACGACGGAAUCCGCGGCCCCUACCACUCCGGGGGUUGCGGCCAACCCUGGAUAUGUGUCGGUUUGGCGGAGGGUUGCUGAGGGGUUCGGGGGGAUCAUGGGGGUGUUCAACCGCGGGUGA